AUGUCGGCGUUUACAUGCGACCGCACCCUCUCCGGUGCCAACGGCGGUGAAUAUAAAUACAUAUGGGACUCCUUGGUCAAGUUCAUAUACGAAGGAUCAGGCAAACUGAACGGCUUUAUCCCUAAAAGGUCGGAUCGACACGAGUUUGUACGUAUACUUAGGCUGUUGAACCUGUGCAAUGAAAUGGCAAACGAGGUAAACUCGUGGAACACCGUAUGCGAGGUCAAAGACGCAUUCUUGGCUAAGAUAAAUGCCCGCGACGAUUCCAAAGAACCCCCGCACCCACUUGGUAUCAAACCUUUUCCGGGCGGCCCGAAAUCACAUUCGGGGGUUCCGAAUUGGUUUGAUUGCAAGUACGUAAUCCUGGACGAGUUUGCGAUGCAGUCACCCAAGUUCGUAUUGUGUCUCAUAGCCAAGUUCUGGAAUGCCAAGGUUGUUCUGACAGGCGACCCAGCCUACCAACUGGGUCAUUCGUCUCUGAAGUGGAUGGUCAUCACGCGCAACUUGGAGUUGCUUAAUUCAGCCAAAGUGUCCCGGUUGCCCAACAUAUCGUACUACCGAUACACGACCGUUCGGCGGUUCGAUACCGGAGACCGUAUCAAUAAAUUGGUAGCUAGGCUGAUGGAUAUACGUACCCGGUUAUCCGAAUACACCAUCAUCUCGGUCAGCUACCAACAUUUCCAGAUCAAGAGUAUGCUCAUACAGCACUUCCCGGAAAUCCUUAUCAAGCGCUCGGAGGGGCUCCAGCUAUUCUACGAUUCUCGGGAGUCGCACAUGAAUUAUCUUAUAUCGGCGCGACGUUCGUGCCCGUACAACGUGUGUACGAAAUGGGGUAGAUUCUACAGUGAACCCACGGAAGAUGACAACAUGCCCCGACUCACCGAGUCCCAGAGAAUCAGGCUACGCCGGAACUGCAAUUGUUCGGGCAUGAAUAUUAUCCAGCAAGUCCGAGAUGAACGUCCGGAAGACAAGGUUAUCUACAUGGCCAUCAAGGCGUAUCCAGCAUUCAAUAUUGCUAAAGAUAUGGUCAUGUCCCGUACUCGAAUGCAACAGUUUGUGAAUAGUGGCGUGCCCCAGGGUACCUUUGUGACUUGCUGUGGCUUUACCGUACAUCAAUUCCAGGGCCGUACCGUCGAACCUCCGAGCACCAUCAUAUAUCAUCUAACGUCGGGAUGGGAAUACACGGGUGAGAUACUCGACGAUACGACAAGAGUUCAAGACCUUCUUCAUGUGUUGCGGCUUUUCUAUACCUUUGUCAGUCGCUGUAGAAGAAUCUCCCAAAUAUUCGUCAUUGACGAUGCCCUGGAGUAA